AUGGUAACAAGUCCUACCAUGACUGACCGUGAGAGGGAGGGCAUGGUAACAAGUCCUACCAUGACUGGCCGUGAGAGGGAGGACAUGGUAACAAGUCCUACCAUGACUGGCUGUGAGAGGGAUGACAUGGUAACAAGUCCUACCAUGACUGGCCGUGAGAGGGAGGACAUGGUAGCAAGUCCUACCAUGACUGGCUGUGAGAGGGAUGACAUGGUAGCAAGUCCUACCAUGACUGGCCGUGAGAGGGAAGACAUGGUAGCAAGUCCUACCAUGACUGGCCGUGAGAGGGAGGACAUGGUAGCAAGUCCUACCAUGACUGGCUGUGAGAGGGAUGACAUGGUAGCAAGUCCUACCAUGACUGGCCGUGAGAGGGAAGACAUGGUAGCAAGUCCUACCAUGACUGGCCGUGAGAGGGAAGACAUGGUAGCAAGUCCUACCAUGACUGGCCGUGAGAGGGAGGACAUGGUAGCAAGUCCUACCAUGACUGGCUGUGAGAGGGAUGACAUGGUAGCAAGUCCUACCAUGACUGGCCGUGAGAGGGAAGACAUGGUAGCAAGUCCUACCAUGACUGGCCGUGAGAGGGAGGACAUGGUAGCAAGUCCUACCAUGACUGGCCGUGAGAGGGAGGACAUGGUAGCAAGUCCUACCAUGACUGGCUGUGAGAGGGAUGACAUGGUAGCAAGUCCUACCAGGACUGGCCGUGAGAGGGAAGACAUGGUAGCAAGUCCUACCAUGACUGGCAGUGAGAGGGAAGACAUGGUAGCAAGUCCUACCAUGACUGGCCGUGAGAGGGAAGACAUGGUAGCAAGUCCUACCAUGACUGGCCGUGAGAGGGAAGACAUGGUAGCAAGUCCUACCAUGACUGGCCGUGAGAGGGAAGACAUGGUAGCAAGUCCUACCAUGACUGGCCGUGAGAGGGAAGACAUGGUAGCAAGUCCUACCAUGACUGGCCGUGAGAGGGAAGACAUGGUAGCAAGUCCUACCAUGACUGGCCGUGAGAGGGAAGACAUGGUAGCAAGUCCUACCAUGACUGGCCGUGAGAGGGAAGACAUGGUAGCAAGUUCUACUAUGACGCCUUCAAGGCAACAAUUAUAUUAUUUCUAA